AUGGCUGAGCUGUACAGGAUGGGUAUGGGUUAUAGAGGGGGAGACAAGAAGAGAGCCAACAGCACCCUGGCAGUGGGAGCUUUCUUCAGCACAAGAGGCCCCGCGCUCCGCCGCCGGUCGACCGCUGAGGGCGAGGCCAGAAGGAACGGAAAUGUGGCACGGUUCGGCAGUUCUCAGAGGCGCGCGCCUGCCCAAGUACGCACGCUCCGCUGGAGCCUGGGGUGGCCGGGCAGUCUUGGCCCAGACUUGUUUGCUGCGCUUCGGUGCACACAGGCACUGCGGUGCCAACCUCCUGGUUCCGCCCUCCCCCGGCAGGCGCCCACGCGUGACCUCGGCCGCCCACAGGCCUUCGACUCUUCCUGGACUCCAGGUCCCAGGCCACCCCGCUCCACCAUGCGGAUGAUGAAGACAAAGUCCCCCGCAAGUCCCUCAUGUGGGGCAAGUGAGGUACCACCUGGGGCGGGGCCUGGCUCCCCACUGAGCAGAGGUGUUGGCCAAGGCGCUCCCCCUAGUGAGACAAGGUUUUGCCAUGUUGCCCAGGCUUUUCUCAAACUCCUGAGCUCAAGCAAUCCGCCCACCUCGGCCUCUCAAAGCGCUGGGAUUAUAGACGUGAGCCACCACACCCAGCCCCAGGUGGCAUGUCUUUCUGAUACAUGCUCCAAAGUGAAUCGCACUGUGCUAAGCCCCCACAAGGGAGUGCCUUUGCAGCUUACAGCUGCACACGCAUCAUCUCAGGAGGUCCUUGCAACAGUCCCCCUUCAUGGGUAA